GGCAUAAAUAUGCUAUCAAAGUGUCUGCUGUGCCCUAAAUGCUCGCCUCGCGUAUUUACAGUUACGAUCUAGUAAAUAGCAAGUGAAGUGGGACUCUUAAAUCUGAGAUGCGUGCAGCCAUCAGACGCAACGUGACACCGAUGCGCAGAGCGCGCAGAUCAGGUUAGAAGCAUGCAUCGCAACAGAACAUCUCCAAAUCGCAUUCCGCAUACUGAAAUCUAAUCCGAGGACAUCAGGAUGUGUGACAUAAUCCCCAAGACAUCUGAAAACUGCGCUCCUCCGAACGGGGCUCCAGGGGUGCUUUGGAGAGAUAUGUGGACCUCUGUUAUUCACUGUUUGCUCUCGCAGGGGUAUAUAAAAGAGGGGCGGACACCAACUGCCCCAAACGUCAGAGCUCACUUAACUAUAAAUCUCUCCAAACUGCCCUCUGCGCCCGGUGCGGUGUUAUGCGCAGACAUCUGUCCUGCUUCAGUUCAGUAUGAGGACAGCGCGUGUGGAAACUCUUCGAGCAUACACAGGCUCUAUCUGACCUGGAGAAAAUGGAGAGUAAACAUCAACAUUUGUGUUGUUUACCGUGUCGAGAUAGUGUCAUUUGUUGGCGGUUAUGAUCAUUUAACGCAGUUUGGGGACAUAACGGCGCUUUAACAGUUUUCUCAAGAGGCAAACGAAACCUUCUCGCACUCUGGGAAACAGAUAUUUGUGCACCUCUUUGCGCCUCGCUUACGCGCGGGAGACGCUGAUGUCUUCAUUGGACUCCUUUCAGUCGGAGAUGGUGGAACUCUCUCGGAUUUCCAACGUGGAAACGUAGCAUCCAAUUAAUCAGCGACUGCAACUGUACCCCGUAAGGCGCAGUGGCACUUGGUCCGCUCUCUUCAACACCUACCUUUGGACUCUGAAGUGUGGAGAGACGUAUGGUUUGGUUGGUACGCUGGAUCGGAGUAUUUAAACCCCCCCCACACCUGGUGCUGUUUUUCAGUUAUUUUAUUACCAGGACACAAUUUCGAAUUUGAAGUCGUUUAAAGGAAAUUUUCCGAUGGUGACGGUUGAACAAUUCAUGCAGCUGAUUCAGCUUGGGACACUCAAUGAGUCGCGUUUUUUGUUUGGAUUUUAACAUCAACAGCCAAGGGAGUUUCGGGUCUGCAUGGGCCAUAUUUAAGGUUUAGUCUGACGUUCAGGCCCCUCGAUGUCCAGAGUGCUGAGACGGAGACAAACUUUCUUCAUAGGAACUGAGUCUAAGAUGAAGUUAUGGGAUGUUUUGGCCACGUGCUUGUUGCUCCUGACCUCUGUUGCUACACGGCCUCUCUAUCAAAACACUCAGCCAGCCAAGAGGACUUACUUCCCCAGCAGCUUCAGUGAUUCUGCGUCCCUGUCUGUGGAGGACGAAGAGCCGACGUUCCAGCGCAAAGACCACAACCCGCAGGAGAACUCCAUGGAGGAUCAAUAUGACAUCACAGGUCCCUAUCCAGAGCAGUUUGACGAUGUGAUGGAUUUUAUCGAGGCCACCAUUGGCAGACUCAGGAGAUCGUCAGAUCCCAGGGGGGGCUCCAGGGGACGGAGGGAGCAAAGACAGAGAGGAGCAGCAACCACAGGAGGUGCAAGAGGCGAGGAGAGAGGACACGGUGACAGGAGGCGUGGUCGUGGGCGAGGGGGAAGCCGAGGUGGAAAAGGAGGGCGAGGUGAGAAGGGGAGGGAGAGGCUUUCGGUGCAGACUCGAGGCUGCUUGCUAAAGGAGGUCCACCUGAAUGUGACGGACUUGGGGCUGGGCUACCAAACUAAAGAGGAACUGAUCUUUCGGUACUGUAGUGGUCCCUGCGUGGAGGCGGAGACCAACUACGACAAGAUCCUCAACAACCUCACACACAACAAGAAGCUGGACAAGGACACGCCCUCUCGUACCUGCUGUCGACCAAUCGCUUUCGAUGAUGACUUAUCUUUCUUGGACGACAAUGUAGUCUAUCAUACGCUGAAGAAGCAUUCAGCGAGGAAGUGUGGCUGUGUCUGAGGACAUCACGUGGAUGUGACAAAAUGACAGACGAGCACUCAUGAACUAAAGAUCACCCUUGCAAGCCUUUGCUGCAAAGGGAGGGAUCAUUGUUGGAAAUGGACAUACAAAGUCGAAGAGGGAGUGUAUGUCUCUAUUGUUUGUCAGUCAUCAGAGGAGACAGGUGAGUACAUAAAGGCCACCUGUGUGACCCGAAAGACAAUGGCACGGCCUUUAAAAUAGCACACAAUACAUUUAACUUUGACUGUCUGCGCUCAGUCCUUUAGAAACCUUGACCAGUAUUUGAUGAUUCAGUCAGACACAUGCUGAAAUGCAGAGGUGUGUACCAAUUUGCAGAAGAAAUUAUACUGUUACACUUCCAGAUUUGCUAACUGUGCUGUCUAAAAACAACUUGGGGGAGAUGAAAAACUCUGACUGAGUUGGCUUGUUUUUCUAGAAGAAUUCAUUUUCCCAGGAACAUCGGUUUUUCCAUAGCUGGCUCAGAAGAAUCCAGACGAAGGCAGAGAUUUGAGGAGUAUUUUCAGCUGCAGUCUAAAUCACUUCCACUGCAUAGUCUCAUUCAGAGCCAAGGGAUGACAGAUACCACACCAGAACUCAGCAAAGACUUUUUGGUGCAACGUAUCUAUAUAAAAUCCAAUCAUAUAUAUAUACAUACAUAUAUAUAUAUAUAUAUACGUGUGUGUAAGAGGUAUAUUUAUUAAGAUGGAAUUAACUUAUUGUUAUUUAUUUCAGUCCAUUUUAUGAAAGAAAUUGUCAUUUUUCUUAUUUAUUGAAAAGCUUUGAUUGUCCUGGACGGUGCCAAAGUGGAGCAUUUUUCUCAAGCAAAGUCUAAAAAGGUGAUCCAGAACUACUUAACACUCAUCCACACAUCCUAAUAACGCUUACCAGCUUCACUUAGAAUCCAGGGUUACGCAGUUCAUGAGUCAAAAAGAUCAUCAUUAGCUAUUAAAUAAUGGAAGGAUAGAAAGACACACAGUGAAGGGGACCAAUGGAAGAUUUUUUGAUUGAACAGAGGUGUUGUUUUGGAGCCUUUUGAGAGAUGGAAGGGUAGGGUUUUUUUGUUUGUUUGUUUGUUUUUUGUUUUUACAUAUAUACAUAGUUCACCUCAUUUUCCCCAGUGUGUCCAUGCUAAGAAGGGAGUUACUGCUCUCUCCUCAUAUCACCUGGGUAUCUAGACUCCUAAUUCAGCUGUCACAUCUUUAUAUUUUAUGUUUACAAAGAGGGAAAUGACUCUGUGCUGCUGUUUCUUUUCAAGACAACUGUCAAAAAUAAUAAUCCAGAAUGGAUUUCAUGUCACUCCAAGCAGAAGCCAUCAUAUCUUUUUAUUGAAAUCUGAAAUCAGCAUGAGAGCAGCGGUCUCUUAGGGGUUGUAGGUGCCUUCGAGGAGCCAUCCUUUGAACUACAGAGUAUGGAAGCGGCUAGAAUGCCUGCAUAUCAGCAUACGUUAUCCAGCGAGCAAAGGCUUUGCAGUGUUUACUGUCCCAAUAGGCUUUAAAGUUCAUAGGACUGCCUGUGUUUCUGUCUUGACUCUGAUAGACAGGUCUUACUCCCUGAAAGGGGAUUUGAAAGUGAUCCUCCAACAUGAGUCUUAACCAAAUAUCCCCGCUGGCAAAAGCAUUUUGGUGAAGGCAGUUUAAGGAAAAUCUAGCUACUGUAGCGGCUGUCAUCACCAAUCAAUGUAAAUAUCUCAAGACUAGACUUUUCAAGAGAAAAAAAAAUAUGUUUGGGAAUCACAGAGGGGAAGACAAUAAAUAGACCCAGCAUGCUUUCUACAUGUAAAAACUCGCUCAGCCAAGUUUAUUCUCAAUUAACAGAAAUAUAAGUCUAGCAAAACAGAAAUCUCUUUAAAAGCAUGUUGCUGUGCCCAUUGAAACCCUGUGAGGGGAUCGUUUUAAGUGGAACAAAGAGAGCCCUCGGGUAGGUCUUGAUGUUAGCACGGAUUAGGGACCAAGGUAUCUGUGCCCACCCAGCAGCAAGCAAGCCAGCUUUACAGUGUAAUCCGCCUGCACACAGAACAAAUCCACGGCAUCAAGCUGAAUUUAGGCCAAACACUACACAGAGAGGGAGAAAAAAAAACUCGAGCUCUUAUCACAGCAUACCUCAUCAAUUGGAUCAUCUUCCCCUUUAACAACUGAUUCGUGCAUAAGCCUUUCCAGAUGAGAAUGAGCAGUUAGGAGACUUCCCAGAAGCUUCAGAGCGCCUCGCUACUCCUCGAUACCAUACGUUUAUGUGUGUAAACUGUGACCACUAGCCCUGUCAUCUUCAUGACUGUUUGCUCAACUGUUGGUUGGUGAUUAGUCCGCUGGUUUUGAUGCAAAAGUAAACAAGCAAAAUGUAAAGAUGCACGACAAACCUCAGUGUUAAUUCAUUGAUUUGAAGAAAGGAUUGGAUUUGUUUUCACUCCUUGUGUUAACACCUCUGUGAAAAACCCGUCAUGUUGUCUCACUUGUUUCGUGUUACAGAACCAAAGCUCUCGGCAAACUUUAUUUUUGUACAAUAUUCAUUUUAUAACUUUUUACAGAAUUAAACUUGUUUCUA